AUGCCUCGGGGACAGAAGAGAAAAGUGUGCAGCUGUGAGGACAGCCACCAGGCCCGAGAUGGCUCUCAGCGUCGCAAGAGAGCUCAGAUUAGAACAAUGGAAGAAGAGGCCCCCUCCACUUCCUCUUCUCUUUUGGGUGAUAUUCCCCAAGGCUCAUUUGCUGCUGGGCCAACUGGCACUUCCCAGGAGCCUUGGAGGUUACCAUCCACCACCAUUACUACUCCAGGCAUUUUUGACACAAGAUCUCAUGAAGAUAAUAACAGCCAAGAUGAUGAAUAUCCAUGCUCCCUGGUCAUCUCAUCCUCCACUGAGAACUUGUGCAGUGACACUUUAACUAUAAAGGCACGUUUGUUGGAAAAGUUCCUGCUCUAUAAGUACAAAAUGCAUCAGCCCAUUACAAAGGAAGGCAUGCUGAAGGUUAUCGAUAAUAAACACCAUCAUCAGUUUUCUGAGAUCCUCAGGAGAGCUGCUGACCGCAUUGAGGCCACCUUUGCAGUUGAGCUGAAGGAAAUUGACUCAGAUGGUAACUUCUAUGAACUUGUCAGCAAGCUGAAACUCCCCAACAAUGGGAGGAUUUAUGCUGGCAGAGGGUUACCCAAAACUGGUCUUGUAAUGACUCUCCUGGGUGUGAUCUUCAUAAAGGGCAACUGUGUUUCAGAGGAAGACAUUUGGGAUUUCCUAAAUAAGAUGCAUAUAUAUGCUGGGAGAAAGCACUUCAUCUACGGAGAGCCAAAGAAGCUCAUCACUCAAGAUUUGGUGAGGCUGCAGUACCUGGAGUACCGCCAGAUCCCCAACAGUGAUCCUGCGCGCUAUGAAUUCCUGUGGGGUCCCAGAGCCUGUGCUGAAACUAGCAAGAUGGAGGCUCUGGGAUUUCUGGCCAAGAUCCAUGAUGCUGUUCCCAGUGCAUUCUCAUCACGAUAUGAAGAAGCUUUGCAAGAUGAGGAAGAGAGCUCAAACCAGAGCUGUAGCUGGGCCGAGUACUACCAUAGGGGCCGGGCUUGUCUAAUGGCUAAGUCUAGCAGUUUCUCCCAGUCUUAUUGA